GUUCCCAAACGAACCGGAGAUUAAAACCCCAUCGCGAUCUGGUGCGGUGGCCUCUCCCGUCGCCAUUCCUCCGGCCGCGACUCGACCGCCGCCGCGCACCCACUCCCGCUCCCCACGAUGCGGCACCUCCUCCUCUCCCGUCUCCUCCGCCGCGCCUCCUCCCCCUCCCAGCCUCACCACAACCUCCAACUCAUCCGUGCUCUCUCCUCCUCCUCCCCUCUCCCGGCCUCCGACACCGACCUCCGCAAGUACGCCGGCUACGCGCUCCUCGUCCUCGGCUGCGGCGCCGCCACCUACUACUCCUUCCCCUUCCCACCCGACGCGCUCCACAAGAAGGCCGUCCCCUUCAAGUACGCGCCCCUCCCCGACGACCUCCACACCGUCUCCAACUGGAGCGGCACUCACGAGGUCCACACCCGCGUCCUCCUCCAGCCCGACUCCAUCCCGGCGCUCGAGGAUGCCCUCGCCACAGCCCACAGGGAGCGACGCAGGCUCAGGCCCCUCGGCUCCGGGCUGUCCCCCAAUGGCCUCGGGCUCUCCCGGGCCGGCAUGGUCAACCUUGCGCUCAUGGACAAGGUGCUAGACGUCGAUGUCAAGAAGAAGACCGUCACGGUGCAGGCUGGGAUACGUGUCGCCGAGCUCGUCGAUGCGCUCAGCAAGCAUGGGCUCACACUGCAGAACUUUGCCUCCAUUCGAGAGCAGCAGGUCGGCGGCAUCAUUCAGGUUGGUGCCCAUGGUACUGGUGCGAGAUUGCCUCCAAUUGAUGAGCAGGUUAUUAGCAUGAAACUGGUUACUCCUGCCAAAGGGACGAUAGAGUUAUCAAGGGAGAAAAAUCCUGAUUUAUUUUAUCUUGCCCGCUGUGGACUUGGUGGCCUAGGAGUCGUUGCAGAAGUUACUCUUCAGUGUGUAGAAAGACACCAACUUGUUGAGCAUACUUUUGUUUCUAAUGCAGAUGAAAUCAAGAAAAACCACCAGAAUUGGCUUUCUGAAAACAAACAUAUCAAAUACUUGUGGAUUCCAUAUACUGAUACAGUUGUCAUUGUCCAAUGUAAUCCUCCUUCAAGAUGGAAAACUCCAAAGUUGGCAUCAAAAUAUGGAAAGGAUGAAGCCCUACAGCAUGUUCGAGACCUUUACCGAGAGUCAUUGAAGAAAUAUAGAACUGAAGCCGACAGUAAAGACCCAGCGAUAGAUCAACUUUCAUUUACUGAAUUGAGGGAUCAAUUGCUCGCCCUUGAUCCUCUGGAUAAAGAUCAUGUGAUCAGAAUUAAUAAAGCAGAAGCUGAGUAUUGGAAGAAGUCUGAGGGAUAUCGCAUGUGCUGGAGUGAUGAAAUACUAGGUUUUGAUUGUGGUGGGCAGCAGUGGGUUUCUGAAACCUGCUUCCCUACAGGAACUCUAGCGAAGCCAAACAUGAAGGAUUUAUAUUAUAUGGAGGAGUUGCUACAGUUGAUUGAGAAGGAGGAUAUACCUGCACCUGCACCUAUUGAGCAGCGUUGGACUGCCCGCAGCAGGAGCCCCAUGAGUCCGGCAUCAAGCUCUGAAGAAGAUGACAUAUUUUCAUGGGUUGGUAUAAUAAUGUAUUUACCAACAUCGGAUCCUCGCCAAAGGAAGGAUAUUACCGAGGAGUUCUUCAACUACAGAAGUCUGACGCAAACUAGUCUCUGGGAUGAUUAUUCUGCAUAUGAACACUGGGCUAAAAUUGAGGUUCCGAAGGACAAGGAUGAACUUGCUCAACUGCAGGCUAGGUUGCGGAAACGCUUCCCCGUUGACGCAUAUAACAAGGCGCGCAUGGAGCUGGACCCUAACAAGGUUCUCUCCAGUGCCAAGUUAGAGAAGUUUUUCCCAGGAAUGCAGACUGUCCAACAUGCAAGGUAAAGGUGUCCUGAUUGAUGGCAUGCUCAAGGCACAGAGCUUUAUCAUAAUGUGUAUCCUUUUUUUUGCCCUCUGGAGAAAUGUACUCUUCCAAGAGUUGGAUUCUGUCGUUGAUAGUUGGAUCAAAAGUCAAAACUAUCAUGCUGAUGUGCUGGUGGUUUACAUGAUUAUAGACGCGGGCUUCCGAGUUAAUUUCUUUGUAGAACUUGCUUGGUUGGUAGAGCCGUAGAGGUAGUUUUUUUAGCGAUCUCAGGUUAAGCGCUUGUUGGAGGAGGAUGUCUUUGGUUCAUGACUAAACAAUCUAUGCUUAUCUAUGGUACUAUAUAUCAUCCUCUGUUGAAAUAAAUUCUGGGGAAGAAGAACAAAUUGAUUCAGUUCAA